AUGGCCUUUUGGAAACGCCGGGCACUCGACGCCGGUAAGAUAAUGGACACGACUUGGUCCAAAGCGCGUCGACUCGUCGAAGAGCGUCGGACGCGCGGAGAGAGACGGAACUGCAUCAUCGACGGCCUGCUUGACGAGUACGAAGAGAAGGGUUGGCCCGAACAGAUCAGCCAGCAUGCCUUUACCAACCUCAUGGGGGAGAUUAUCGAGGGCGGUGCCGACACCACUGCCGCGCAACUGUUGACUCUGGUUCUCGCUUUUGCGCUGCAUCCCGAGGUUCAGAGGAAAGCGCAGGUUGAGAUUGAUGAGGCUUGUGGAAGUGGUCGGUCUCCUCGCUGGGAUGACUUUUUGAAGCUACCCUAUGUGAACUGCAUCGUCAAGGAAGGAAUGCGUUGGCACGAUGAAUACAACGGCAUGUUGAUCCCGAAAGACUCAACAAUCUUCAUCCCGACCUGGGCCCUCCAUCACACCGAAGAAAAUUACCCCGACGCAGAGCAAUUCGACCCAGACAGAUACCUAAAGCACCCAAAGCUGGCCAACGACUACGCCGGCAGCCCGGAGUGGGAGAACAGAGACCACUACAACUACGGCGCCGGCCGUCGCAUCUGCCCCGGCAUCCACCUCGCGGAGCGCAAUAUGUGGCGGAUCGCCUCCAAGCUUCUUUGGGCCUUCGAGUUCGCUGAGCCCAUGGACCCUAUCACGGGCAAGGUUGUGCCUUUGGAUCCGCACGCGUAUAAUCCUGGGAUUUUGCAGGCGCCUUUGGAGUUUAAUGUUCGGAUUGCCCCAAGGAGUCGGGCUCAUGUUGAAACGAUCAGGCGCGAGUUCAAGGAAGCUGAGGCUUUGUUGGCUCAGUAUGACUGA